GUGACGUCACUAAGGUUAGUCCUGAAAGUCACAACAACCGUUGGAGGCGGUUAACGGUUGUUUUUUUUUUUACAGCUUCUCGGAAAUCCGAACGAUGAGUAACGUUGCUGGUAAAUGCGACGUUGUUGACUUAACUCUUCGCUAACUUACCUCAACCCGCAGUUAAAGUUACGCUAGUCACUCAGAAGGGAGGAAACGCACAUACACAAAAUAACCCGGGCGGUUAAUGAACAGCAGGUGCACGGGAAUACCACAGCACCUGCCGCUACAGGCUGAGUCACUGCUGUUGAGGAGGAAGGUCUGGAGAGGGAACGAAAGAGGAGGAGGAGGUGGAGGAGGAGGGGGAGAAGAAGAAGAACGGAGGGAGACGGGAGAUAAGCCACAACAGGAAACAAAACGACACAUACACACACACACGCCGUGUGUUUGUGUGUCUGAGCGGGAGACUGCGCGAACGAGAGGUUGAACGGGAAAGGAAGGAAGGGAGGGAGAGUGACGCGGAGGCUGGGAGAGCCCCCCCCCCCACUCCCCACCCGCUCUCCUCCUCCUUCUCUCUUCUCCUCCUCUCCUCCCCUCCCUCUCUCUCUCUCUCUCUCUCUCUCUCUCUCUCUCUCUCUGUGGAGCAGGCGUGUAGCGGCAUCAGACUCGGCGUGAAGGAACCAUGAGCGAUGUCACCAUCGUUAGAGAGGGAUGGCUCCAGAAACGGGGUGAAUACAUAAAGAACUGGCGGCCGCGUUACUUUCUCUUGAAGACAGACGGCUCCUUCAUCGGCUACAAAGAGAAACCUCAGGAUGCAGACCUGCCCUACCCUCUAAACAACUUCUCCGUAGCAAAAUGUCAGCUGAUGAAGACGGAGAGGCCCAAGCCAAACACCUUCAUCAUACGCUGCCUCCAGUGGACCACGGUCAUAGAGAGGACCUUCCACGUGGACUCGCCUGAUGAGAGAGAUGAGUGGACGGAGGCCAUCCAGAUGGUGGCGGACAAGCUGCAGAGACAAGAGGAGGAGAGGUUUCAGUGCAGCCCCACCUCCAACAUCGACAACAUGGUCGAGGAGGAGAUGGACAUCUCCACCACGCACCACAAACGCAAGACGAUGAGCGACUUUGACUACCUGAAGCUGCUGGGGAAGGGAACCUUUGGGAAGGUAAUUCUUGUCCGAGAAAAAGCCAGCGGCAAAUACUACGCCAUGAAAAUCCUCAAAAAAGAAGUAAUCAUCGCCAAGGACGAAGUGGCCCACACACUUACCGAAAGCAGAGUAUUAAAGAACACCAGACACCCUUUUCUCACUUCGUUGAAGUAUUCAUUCCAGACUAAAGACCGCCUCUGUUUCGUCAUGGAGUAUGUGAAUGGAGGAGAGCUGUUUUUCCAUUUGUCAAGAGAGCGGGUGUUCUCAGAGGAGCGCACACGCUUCUACGGCGCCGAGAUCGUCUCGGCUCUCGACUACCUGCACUCAGCCAAGAUUGUGUACCGGGACCUCAAGCUGGAGAACCUGAUGCUGGACAAAGACGGUCACAUUAAGAUCACAGAUUUCGGCCUCUGCAAGGAGGGCAUCACAGACGCUGCUACCAUGAAGACAUUCUGUGGCACGCCCGAAUACCUUGCGCCCGAGGUCCUAGAGGACAACGACUACGGCCGGGCGGUGGACUGGUGGGGUUUGGGCGUGGUGACGUACGAGAUGAUGUGCGGCCGACUGCCGUUCUACAACCAGGACCACGAGAAGCUGUUCGAGCUCAUCCUCAUGGAGGACAUCAAGUUCCCGCGCACGCUGUCGUCUGACGCCAAGUCGCUGCUGUCGGGGCUGCUCAUCAAAGACCCCAACAAGCGGCUCGGUGGAGGACCGGACGACGCCAAGGAAAUAAUGAGACACAGUUUCUUCUCCGGCGUCGACUGGCAGUAUGUGUACGACAAAAAGAUGGUCCCCCCGUUCAGGCCUCAGGUGACGUCGGAGACGGACACCAGAUACUUUGAUGAGGAGUUUACUGCCCAGACCAUCACAAUCACUCCACCAGAGAAAUUCGACGAGGACGGGAUGGACUGCCUGGACAACGAGAGGCGGCCGCACUUCCCACAGUUCUCCUACUCUGCCAGUGGCCGGGAAUGACCUCUCCAUCACGGUGACAUCAUCACAGCUGGUCUCUGAGGUCAUCAGUGUGGGACAAAAAGACCCCAAAACUCCCCCC